AUGGAUAUCAAUAUCAACGCAUCAUCACACGAAGGUUCAGGUCUGCUCGUAGUUUUCAACGUAGAGCCGAGUGAUUACCCACCCUGGGCGCUCACUCCAUCAUAUGGUGCGAAGGUCCUGAUUAAUGACCCAAACGACUAUCCAGAGUAUUCAGUGAUUUACAAACGGGUGAACACGGAGAUAUCCUUAGACAUCAAGGUGCAGCCUCAUGUGUUCGAUGCCGACGACUCACUUCGCAGAAUUCCCAACACGUAUCGUGGCUGCGCUUUCCACGACGAAAUCGAGCUCAAACAUACAGACAGGUAUUCUGCGGAGACUUGCACAACAGAAUGUAAAAUGAGGAGCUAUUUGAAGUAUUGUGGCUGUGUGCCAUAUAAGUACCCGCAAGAGACAACGACUCGAAUCUGCGAGUUCAAAGACUUAGGGUGCUUGAGCAACUUCAGAGCAAAGAAGUUGUCUGGGGAAAGAUGUGACCCGCUCUGCUACCUGGAGUGCCGAGACAAGCAAUAUCGCGUCACCAACGACAUUAUGCCUCUCGUUGCAGACUUGUACCCCGACGACGUUAUGAAUAAUAGAAACACCAGUGAGUUAACAGCACUGCAGGUGUACUUCGACAGACCCACCUGCAACUGCUAUAAGCAGAUGUUACUCAUGGAUUUCACUUCCCUGAUUGCUACAUAUGGGGGCAUCUUCUCACUGAGCUUUGGAGCGUCGCUUCAUACUCUAUUCGAAGUCAUCUUCUUAACGCUGAAUACUAUAGUAUCACCCUGA